AUAAUAACAAAACGAUCCAUAGGUCUACUUUGUGUCCAAUAAAAAAAUAAUAGGUCGAUAUACGAUUAUUUAGUUACCAGGUGUGCAGACCCCGGGAUUGAAUUUUUGUCAAGGACUUUAGACUGGGGUUACGACGUCGGUAAGACAAUACUUGGGAUCAAGCCAGGUAAGAUUUUUCUGGUAUUCUCUAGUUGAAAUUCAAUUUUAUUCAAAGAAGAUGAAAGAAGAAAAAACAGUUCAUCCGAACUACGCUUACGAGAAAACAACAAGCCGACUACUCGUCCCGAAAAGAGGCGUGAAAUUUCAACUACCAUACAAUCGAAUUCCGAAGCAGUCUCCAUCCAAUUGAUCCUGAUAAUUGUCGGUUCCGUUGGGGCAUUUGUGGUUAUAUCGGUUGUGAUAGGAGUGUGUAUUUAUAGUAAAAUGAGAAAACCAAGACAGCAUGAAUUUAGAGAAAGUUUCCCUAUGCGUUUUCACAACAGGAGUAUUACACCGCGAACACUGGAUGUUCCUUCUUCAAUGCAUUUUGAUACGGCCGACCUUUCACACAUCCCACUACCCAAGGAUUCAUACCAGUAUCUAUCGCCCAUACAACACCCACACAGUAGACAUCAUAUGGUUAACAUACCAGCCGAGUUUACGACUACGAGUGUUGCCACCGCAGAACCGAGUUACAUAUACCCAGAAACACUGCCUUCUCCAAGAAUGAACUUAGAUUCUGAACAAUAUCUGGCACCGAUAAUACGUUCAGGUCUGGCAUCAUCCCAUAAAACAGUAAAUAUGAAUGGCGGGCACGGUAUGAGCUCGCCUAUGUUGCCUCCCAUGUAUGAUGACAUCAGAGAACAAGGUCCUAAAUCAACACUGAGGCAAAAAGAUAACGAACUCGUAGGUUCUGAUGAGUAUUGGGACCUAACUUCCAACCAAAUGACGAUAACGCAUUGUGGAAACAAUUCCGAACCCCCUAUCCCGCCUGAGUAUGAUGACAUAGGCGGAGUAACCUACGACUCUACAUCAAAGCUAAAAGCGAAUGUGCUUGUCGCCUCUAUCUCGCCUGAGUAUGAUGACAUAGGCGGAGUAACCUACGACUCUACAUCAAAGCUAAAAGCGAAUGUGCUUGUCGCCUCUAUCUCGCCUGAGUAUGAUGACAUAGGCGGAGUAACCUACGACUCUACAUCAAAGCUAAAAGCGAAUGUGCUUGUCGGCUCCAACUCCAAUGCGAAAACGCAUAGUGGAAACAACUCCGAACCCCCUAUCCCGUCUGAGUAUGAUGACAUAGGCGAAGGAAGUAACUUACGCCUCUACAUCAAAGCCAAUAGCGAAUAACUUGUCGGCUCCAACUCCAAUAAUGACGAUGACUGACGAAUCGAUGGGGCUUGUUGUCAAAUAGCAUAUUUGAGAAACGAAGAGUAUUGUGUGUUUUUCAUCAUGUGAGAUAGAUAUUUAUAUAUUUCAUGGAGAGAGAACUUUGUCUCGCAUGCAGUACCUAACUCUCAGUUCAAUAAUUAUGAACGGUAAUAAAGCGCGUCAAGUAUUUAGAAAGACAAACAGUUCGAUAAAGAAAUUUGCAACAAUUUGCGAGGUACAAAUCUCAUUAACAUUGGUUGAAGCAUUUUGUUAUUUUGUAUUGUAUAUGUGUGUUAAUGCGUGUGAAGUGUAUAGAUAUAUAUAUUACAAUUGUAUG